UUUUCAUGAGUGAACAGAAGGAAGUAUUCACAGGUACCCGAGUCUCAAAUGACAAUAUAUAAACGAAGGAGAAAACGACAAGAAUAGAAUAAAAGCCAAGAUGAAGGAAAGAACAGCCGUCAUUGCAGCCUUUGUGCUGCUUUUUGGCGCUGCAUCUGCAGUGAUCUGCCCAUUACCAUUUCUUCCUAUUGGUGACCACUGCUACUACUUCUCCAGUGUGAAUGCCUCUUGGAAAGAAGCAAGAGGAGCUUGCCAAGGGAUGAGUGCAGAGUUAAGCGUGGAUCUCGCUGUCUUCGAUCUGACCUGUGAGGACUACGAUGCAGUCUUUGAUUACCUUACGACUACAAAUAUAAAAUGGUGGUGGCUCGGAGGCACGGACGAAUACCACGAGGACUACUGGACUUGGGUAGAUGGAAGGCCCAUAAACAUGCAGAAGGGCUAUUGGCAAGACGAGGAACCAGACAAGAACGUCAAUCAACACUUUCUGCAUGCAGUAUACUUACAAGAAUUUUACCCUCGAUGGAGGCUCGGAAAUUUGCAUGAAGGAUACCUUGCUCACUAUGUUUGUCAAUAUCGACUCGAUGUCUAGGCAAACCAGUCAUCUUCAUUAAUGGUUUUGGAUAUCUGUUCAAUAAAGAAACCAAGCAGAA